AUGGUCGGGGUCGACCCCUUCGACGUCCUCGACGGCGACUGCCUCACCCUCCUCCUCGGCCACCUCCCCGUGGCCGACCUGCACGCGGCGUCGCUCGUCUCGCCGGCGUGGCGCGGGUUCCUGCUCGCGGAGGACAGCGACAGACUCUGGCGCGAGGCAUUCCUGCGCUCCGAGGCCGACGAGCGCGACAAGGGGGUCGCGAGGACCAAGCACACCAAGAAGGCUGUUCCUGCUAAGGCUGGGGCAGCUCCCACCACCGCCGUUGCCCCAGACCCAUGGUACGACACCGCCCUCAGCCACGUCCACACAGAACACAAGUGGUCGUCGGGCGCCCACACGCUGCUCUACGUGCCAGGCUUCCGCCUGCCGCCCAACCUGCCGCUGUCGUUCCUCGCCCCGUCGGCAGACUACACGGGGCUCUGGUGCGGGCUGUACGCCGGCCUCUCGCGGCGCCUCUUCCACGUCGACUGCAAGACGCUCACCGUCUUGUCCAAGGUCGACGCGCCGCACCACCGCGUCGAGGACGGCGGCGCGCUCGGCCCCAUCGUGCGCCGCGAGCGCGUCACUCGCGACUCGGGCAACCAGGAGACGGUGUGCGAGGAUGUGUGGCUCGACACCGACGUCGCCAAGAAGUUUGGGAUCCCGGCGGCGGAGGGCGCUCCGGUUUGCCCCAUGCGUGGGUUCCGCUACUUCUGCCAGUUUGACACACGCCCCCUGCUCUGCGUGACGGAGGUGGCGGGCGCCAACUCGGCGACGACGACCGCCUCGCUCACGUGCGUCACGGCGCAGGACAACAUCGCCGAGUUUACCUCGUUCCCCUCCCGCUCGCAGAACGAGCUCGCCCUCGAGACGUUCGCCGGCGACGUCGGCCCCAAGCGCCUUGUUGUGUGUGACGGCAAGUGGCUCGUCACGUCCGGCCCGGCGUGCACGUUUGAACAGACGCUGGCGGGGUACGCGAUCGACGGGCUGCACAUCUACCACCGUAAGGGCGGGUACGUUGCGUCGCUUUCCGCCUCGACCGUCGGCGCCGUCUUCGACCUCGGGCAGGAGCUCAUGCCUGCGCCAGACCUCGACACGUCGUACGACGAGCAGCGUGGCGGUGUCCAGGAGACCGGCGCGCAUGGCCAGCGUGUCAGCCUCUCUGGCGCGCAUCCACACGAAGCGGCGUUCACCAGCCUCCUCGCCGACCUCGCCUUUACUGGGCCCGCCUCGGUCCGCAUGUCGGCCGCGGGUCUGGUCGCCACGACGACGAACCACGUCGUCGUGAUUCGCAACUACGCCGAGGUGCUUUCCGCGUCGCGCAAGCUCAGCCCGGCCGCCCGCGAGGCCCACAUUGCGCGUCACACGCUCGCGAUCCGCCUCGACGACCCGAACAAGGCCGACGUGCUCGUCCACGGGCCGCGUAUUGGCCUCGUGCUCCCCAACCACAUUGUGGUGGUCGACGUGCGCGCGUCGUCUGUCCAGCCACACCGCCUGCAUGCGCUCGUGCUCGCCCGCCAGCCCUGCCCCGAGGGCUUCAAGCCCACGUCGACCAGCUGCUGGAUGGACGGCGCGGCCGUGUACGAGGCGCUCACGCGCGAGGGUGGCACGAGCACCGAUGCGGACGACGCGACCGACGACGAUGAGUGGAUCCGCCCCAGAACUAGCAUCCGCUGGGUCGCGCGUACCCGGCGCAUCAUGUACCCGAAGAAUAUGUUCCGCGUGUUCUCGUUCGGGCAAGAGGCUGAGCAGCAGGGCGAGGCCACGAAGCAGGCGUAAAGCAGGCGUAAAGCAGCAGCUGCAGCAGCAUUAUUCAUUGAUAGAGACGGAUACGGACACUGGGCUGUAGGAACAAAUUGCAUAGGAC